AUGUCACCCGAGGGAAGUACGUGGGCUGUGAUACUGCCAGAUUGCCCAAUCCCAGGCAGGAGCAGUCCAGAUGCAGAUGUUGUGUUCGAACCUUCCGGUCAACGUGACAGAAUAAUUUCCAUGGAGCUCCGAAAUUACCCGGCUAGUACACAGAUACAAAACCGGCGAAAGGUUCCUGUAGAGGACUAG